CGGGUCUCCUCCAGUUUCAAAAUGGCGGCCGCCAUUGAGGGUUUUCUGCUGGCAGAUCGUCACGGGUGCUGCUGAGCCAACAUCAGCUUUUCUCGUUCUUGAACCUGGAUUCUACUAGGGGUUGGGAAGGGCAGUGGACGGCGUUGGGGGAGGACUGACGAGCCAAUGACUGCCUUGCACAAGGAAGGGGGCAUGAGGCUAUUUUUUGUAGGAUGGUCUCUCUGAUAGCUGUAUGGAAGAUCAACUUGGAACUGAAUGAGAGGAAAUUGCAGUCAUUCAGAUUUAUAAGGAACUCUUCCUUUGAACUCAGUGUUUCAUCCUAUAUACAACUGAGAUAUCAAACCUUUUGGAUUGUUGUUAUUGGACCAAAAAAAUGACAUCUAUUAUCAAAUUAACUACCCUUUCUGGGGUCCAAGAAGAGUCUGCUCUUUGCUAUCUUCUCCAAGUUGAUGAGUUUAGAUUCUUACUGGACUGUGGCUGGGAUGAGCACUUUUCUAUGGAUAUUAUAGAUUCCCUGAGGAAGCAUGUCCAUCAGAUUGAUGCAGUGCUGUUGUCCCACCCGGAUCCUCUCCAUCUUGGUGCCCUCCCGUAUGCUGUCGGAAAGCUGGGUCUGAACUGCGCUAUCUAUGCAACCAUUCCUGUUUAUAAAAUGGGUCAAAUGUUCAUGUAUGACCUUUACCAGUCCCGACACAAUACAGAAGAUUUUACCCUCUUUACACUAGAUGAUGUGGAUGCAGCCUUUGAUAAAAUACAGCAGUUAAAGUUCUCUCAGAUUGUGAAUUUGAAAGGUAAAGGACACGGCUUGUCCAUCACACCUCUGCCAGCUGGUCACAUGAUAGGUGGAACAAUAUGGAAAAUAGUCAAAGAUGGAGAAGAAGAAAUUGUUUAUGCAGUUGACUUCAACCACAAGAGGGAGAUCCACUUAAAUGGAUGUUCCCUGGAAAUGCUAAGCAGACCUUCCCUACUUAUCACAGACUCAUUUAAUGCUACGUACGUGCAGCCCCGGAGAAAACAAAGGGACGAGCAACUUCUGACAAAUGUCCUGGAAACACUUCGAGGUGAUGGAAGUGUGUUAAUAGCAGUGGACACUGCAGGUAGAGUUUUGGAACUUGCUCAACUCCUUGAUCAAAUUUGGAGAACUAAAGAUGCCGGAUUAGGUGUUUACUCAUUGGCACUCCUAAAUAAUGUCAGUUAUAACGUGGUGGAGUUUUCUAAGUCUCAGGUAGAAUGGAUGAGUGAUAAAUUGAUGAGAUGUUUUGAAGACAAAAGAAAUAAUCCAUUUCAGUUUCGCCAUCUCUCUCUCUGUCACGGUCUUUCUGACUUGGCUCGAGUACCUAGCCCUAAAGUGGUACUUGCCAGCCAACCCGACCUGGAAUGUGGAUUUUCAAGGGAUCUCUUUAUUCAGUGGUGUCAGGACCCUAAAAACUCAAUCAUUCUAACUUACAGAACUACUCCUGGGACUUUAGCACGUUUCCUCAUUGAUAAUCCAUCUGAAAAAAUUACAGAAAUAGAGCUGAGGAAACGUGUAAAGCUUGAGGGGAAAGAACUUGAAGAAUACUUGGAAAAAGAGAAACUAAAGAAAGAAGCUGCUAAAAAACUUGAGCAGUCAAAAGAGGCCGACAUAGAUUCCAGCGAUGAGAGCGACGUUGAGGAAGAUAUUGACCAACCAUCAGCUCAUAAGACUAAGCACGACCUGAUGAUGAAAGGUGAAGGCAGUCGUAAAGGCAGUUUCUUCAAACAGGCGAAAAAGUCUUAUCCUAUGUUUCCUGCCCCAGAAGAAAGAAUCAAAUGGGAUGAAUAUGGAGAAAUUAUCAAACCAGAGGAUUUCUUAGUGCCGGAACUUCAAGCUACUGAAGAAGAAAAAAGCAAAUUAGAAUCUGGCCUGACAAACGGAGAUGAACCCAUGGAUCAGGAUUUAUCUGAUGUUCCUACUAAGUGUAUUUCUACGACAGAGUCUAUUGAAAUAAAAGCCAGGGUUACUUACAUCGACUAUGAAGGACGCUCUGAUGGGGAUUCCAUUAAAAAAAUCAUCAAUCAGAUGAAACCACGACAGUUGAUCAUUGUCCAUGGACCACCAGAGGCCAGCCAGGAUCUUGCGGAGUGCUGCCGUGCAUUUGGUGGGAAGGAUAUUAAAGUGUACAUGCCUAAGCUACACGAAACAGUUGAUGCCACUAGUGAAACUCACAUCUACCAGGUGAGAUUGAAAGAUUCACUUGUCAGCUCCCUUCAGUUUUGUAAGGCAAAAGAUGCUGAAUUAGCUUGGAUAGACGGUGUCUUAGACAUGAGAGUUUCCAAAGUAGACACAGGAGUUAUUUUAGAAGAAGGAGAGCUAAAGGAUGACGGCGAAGACGCAGAAAUGCAGGUGGACGCUCCUUCAGACUCCAGCGUCAUAGCCCAGCAGAAGGCCAUGAAGAGUCUGUUCGGAGAUGAUGAGAAAGAAACAGGUGAAGAAAGUGAGAUCAUUCCUACACUGGAACCCUUACCACCUCAUGAGGUUCCUGGACAUCAGUCAGUUUUUAUGAACGAACCAAGACUCUCUGACUUCAAACAAGUUCUUUUACGAGAGGGGAUCCAAGCUGAAUUUGUAGGCGGUGUCCUCGUUUGCAACAAUCAAGUGGCAGUCCGUAGAACGGAAACUGGACGCAUUGGAUUAGAAGGCUGCCUUUGUCAAGAUUUUUAUAGGAUAAGAGACCUUUUAUAUGAACAGUAUGCCAUUGUGUAAAGGACAUGAUGUCAAGAAGUAUCUGUUUGACCUUUCUAAGAAAAAAGGAUCUAAGAAAAAAGAACUCUUACUCUAAGCUUUUGCUUUUUUGUUUUGUAACAUACAAAAAGAAUCUGCCAGAAAAACUUAACAUGCAUUAGAUUUUUAAAAGUGUAAGUGGAAACCAUAUCAUUGCUAAUGCUCCAGUGAGCAUGCGACCUUUUGGCUUUCGGCGUGAUAGAGAUCCUUACAAGUGUGCAGCCCUGGCUGAAGGUGACUGGCUUCCUUUUCACACCCCUUAUUCUAGAAGGGCUUUUUACUUGAAUAAAACAGUGCAACUUAGCAAACCA